AUGCCAGGACACGCCAACAGCCCAUACUGGACCGCAGUCGAUUUUGACAGCGAAGAGGACGAUCGGUCUCCACAGUCCACUAAUAGAAUGUAUCUGGAUCCAUGGGACAGUGAUGCUAUAGCGAGAAUUCCCGGAAACUCUCCAGAUUCCGGUCAAGAGCAGUUCAACUCCUUCGCUGGUGAACCCGUCAGUGCAAGCUUUUACUAUGUCCCAACAAAAAAUUAUGACUCUUCGGAGGAGAAACCACAAAAACGCCCCCUUAACCCAGAGGAAAUUUAUGGCCGAAGAAGAUCGAGAUGUGUACUGCCAGAUGCUCACGAUGUGCCGGUGUACACCCCAAGACCCGUGGCAGAAAGAAGACGUUCCAUGUACGUAGAAGAACCUCAAUUCAUACCUCAUCCUUUGGUGUAUGAAAGCAUGUAUGGUCCUCUCCCGGUGCCACCGCCUGGUUACGUAGCUCUGCGACCUCGAGUGUCCUUAUCACUUCACCCUGAUUAUAUACCAGCUAGUGGUCACAGGAGUCGAAGACAGUCAAGGAUGGCAGAUACGUACGAGAGUUUACCACAGAACUAUGAGGAUUGGGCUCACCCGAUGCCUCACUCGGCUCCUAACAAUUUCCACCUUUCGAGGUACGGACAUUUGCAGAUCGAUUACUCCUGCAGCUGGAACACUUUGGACAGGCUCAUUCGCAAUCAUUAA